CUGCUAGGCGGAAGUAGACAUUCAGACCGGGGCUAGGCGGCACUGAGUCCACAUCCGGGAGAGGAGAGGAGAGCGGAAGUGGCGUUGGUCUGGACGGAGCCCCUGGGUGAAAUUGUUAGGCGUGGAGAGGGAGUGAUGUCUUCCAGACUCGGUGCAGUCCCCGCCACCCCGGGACCCACGUCCUUUAAGCAGCAGAGGAGCGCCAGAAUCGUGGGAGCAAAGAAUAGCAGGACCCAGUGCUCCCCCAUAAAGGAUAACAGUUUCCAGUACACCAUCCCGCAUGAUGACUCCUUAAGUGGUUCUUCAUCUGCCUCUUCGUGUGAGCAAGUGAAUGAUUUUCCAGCAUCCUUCCGAAAAUCUUCAUACUGGAGGAAGAUGAGAAGGAUGAAGCAAUCUGCUUCUCCUCACGUUGAAGGCUCAGGUGGAGUAUCGGCCAAAGGGAAAAGGAAACCCAGGCAGGAAGAUGACGAAGACUAUGGAGAAUUUCCCCAGAAGAAGCAUAAACUUUAUGGGAGGAAGCAACGGCCGAAAACUCAGCCCAAUCCAAAACCCCAGGCUCGCCGUAUACGGAAGGAACCGCCAGUUUAUGCAGCAGGCAGUUUGGAGGAACAGUGGUACUUAGAAAUUGUGGAUAAAGGCAGUGUUUCCUGUCCUACCUGCCAGGUAGUGGGGAGGAAGACCAUAGAGGGUUUGAAGAAACACAUGGAGAACUGCAAACAGGAAAUGUUUACUUGCCAUCAUUGUGGGAAACAGCUUCGUUCCUUGGCAGGGAUGAAGUAUCAUGUCAUGGCGAAUCAUAAUAGUUUGCCCAUUUUGAAAGCAGGAGAUGAAAUUGAUGAGCCCAGUGAGAGGGAGCGGCUCCGGACAGUUCUAAAGAGACUGGGAAAACUCAGGUGCAUGCGAGAGAGUUGUUCCAGUACCUUCACCAGCAUCAUGGGAUAUCUGUACCACGUUAGAAAGUGUGGCAAAGGAGCUGCAGAGCUGGAGAAGAUGACCUUAAAAUGUCACCACUGUGGAAAACCGUAUAGGUCAAAGGCUGGUCUUGCGUAUCACCUGAGGUCAGAGCAUGCGCCUAUCUCCUUCUUUCCAGAGUCAGGACAGCCGGAGUGCUUAAAGGAGAUGAGUCUGGAAGCAAAGAGUGGGGGCCGAGUUCAGAGACGUUCUGCCAAGAUCGCUGUGUACCACCUGCAGGAGCUGGCCUCUGCUGAGCUGGCCAAGGAGUGGCCUAAGAGGAAGGUGCUCCAGGACCUGGUACCUGAUGACCGGAAGGGUUGUGAGGCUGUCUACAGUAGUGUGUCUGGCCUUAAAGCUCACCUUGGCUCUUGUACAUUGGGAACCUUUGUGGCUGGAAAAUACAAAUGUCUUCUAUGCCAGAAGGAAUUUGUGUCAGAGAGUGGUGUCAAGUAUCACAUCAACUCUGUCCAUGCUGAGGAUUGGUUCGUGGUAAACCCAACAACAACAAAAAGCUUUGAAAAGCUGAUGAAGAUAAAGCAGAGACAGCAAGAAGAAGAAAAGCGCAGACAGCAGCACAGGAGCAGGAGGUCACUAAGGAGGCUGCAGCAGCCUGGCAUUGAGCUUCCUGAGACCCAGCUGAGCCUUAGAGUAGGGAAGGAUCAGAGGAGGAAUAAUGAGGAACUGGUCGUGUGGACCUCCUGUAAGGAAUCAGAGCAGGAGCCUGUUGCAGCCCAGGUGCAGAAAACAAAGCCCCCAAAGACGAACCAUAAACGAGGAAGGAAGUAGGCAGUCAGUGAAAGCACUCCUAGGAGAGUGGAGGCGAUGCUGUUGUCAGGGGACCUGUGUGGGGAGGCCUGAGUCACGGGGCUGAGUGAAGAUGCUUGCAACUGUCCGUGCAAGGCUGUGACUUCUCAGCUCCUUCCUCCUGUGUAAAUGUCACUGUCUUCCCUAUUUAUUCACUCUCAUUCCUUCCCCAGACCCCUCGUAGCAGGAUUUUCUACUAUUCUUCAUGGGAGUCCUCCUGUUUUUCUCUUUCUUGCCCAAAGAGAUCCCUCCUAAGGCCAACUGUAGGCCCCUCUUGCCCUGUACAAGACUAAGAAUGGUGUUUACUUGUCCUUCCCUUCCUGAGGUUCAAAUGUCCUUGGAAGCUCCAUUGAUUUAGUAGCCACUCCAUUGUGUAACUUACAAAAUAAUUUCAAACUACUUUUUAAAAAGAGACAUCGGUUUAUCAUUUUGUAUUUGUAAUACAAGCAGCCUUGAGGCUAGAACUGUUGUUGGUUACUUAAUAGGGUUACCCCGAAUCCUUGGGAAGGAAAACUUUGCAGAAGCUGUUUGCCCUCAGUAUGAUUUUAGGAUUGAAAGAAAAACAAAGGCUCAGCAUGAAAAAGCUAGAACCUCCUUCCCUUGGUUACAUGGGAGGUGCUUUUUCUGUAUGAAGUAGUGGUGAUUAACUAAAUCCACGGGCGUGAAAAGCAGUCUGAGGAGUAAUGUGUCCCAAAUAGUAAAAUGACUAGAAAGAAAAGAGUAGAAGAUGUAAUAGAAGUCAGCUCAUCUUUCCUGGGACCCAGAGCCUCAUAUGUUGCUGUGAUCAGUGCCCUCCCAAAGCCUGUUUUUGCUUCCUCCGUUUUAAAGGUUGUGAGUGUCACUGUGCCCCUGGUGUUUUGACACAGCGCCUUGGUACACCUGGCAGUGCCAGUAAGAUUGGAAUCCAAGGUGCACUUCCCUUCUCCCUGGACUUUACCUCACUUGUUUAUCCACACCUUGCCAAGUCCUCCCCGGUCCUUUACCUAACCUCUGUCUCUUUGAAUUUUCUGAGAAUAUUGUCCUUCUGUCCUCUUUUAUAUAUGGAGUUCUGUCCUCUUUAUAGUCUGAGACUUUGACACCAGAUGGGAAUAUCUGGAGCUGGAGAGAAAACAUCUUCACCUGUCCUCCUGCCUACCUGGUAAUGCUUCAUGGGCUCUUUCCCUGGGAGGGUGGCUUUUUCUGGAGCAGUGUUUAGAGAAGCCUUGUCGUGUUUAUAAGUUCUCUUUUUGCGUAAACAUUGGUCUUAAACGUUCUUACUGAUUUUGUGGCAUAUGUCACUUAAAAAUUAACCUUGCUGUGGGCAAACACUACUUUUUUCCAAAUCUGAAAAGCUAAGGCCACCCUUUGACCCUGUAUUCUCUCUGCUCCUCUGAAUAGCUUUAACAUGUGGGCUUUUGUGAAGACCACACUCAAACCUGAAUUAGAGACUGCCAGAGCAGGUAGGAAGUAAAGGAAAGUGGGAUGCACACUACAUCUUCAUUGGCAGUUGUGCCCUUAAAGACAUUUCAGCAGAUGAAGGUUGUCAGGGAGGAGAAAUGGAGAGAAUGUGUAACUUUCUGGUGAGUAGGAGUUGGGGUAUGUUUGGCGAUGACAAAAGAAAUAAAUGACUCUCACUUAGAA